AUGAUUGAUACCGUCAUAUCGGCCGAAAUUCCAGAUCAAACCAUCGACCCAGGAUUAUUCGAAGUUGUCACGAAAAAUAUGAUUCACGGUCCCUGUGGUGAUAUUAAUCGAAAUUCACUUUGUAUGAUUGAUGGUAAAUGUUCGAAACGUUUUCCAAAGCAAUUGAUUGCUGAAACAAUUACAGGAGAUGAUGGAUAUCCACAGUAUCGUCGACGAUCAACUGAAGACAACGGUAAAUCAACUUAUGUGAAUAAGGGCAGCGAUAUGGCUGUUUUUGGAGUGGCUCCUGAGAAUAAUCAUGACGAAAUUUUGCAGUACCAAAUGGGGCGCUAUAUUAGUACGAAUGAAGCUGUAUGGCGUAUUUUAUCGUUUCCAAUUCAUGACAGACAUCCGGUUGUUGUACAUUUGGCAGUUCAUCUUGAAAACGGCCAACGUGUUUACUACACUGCUGCAAAUGCCGAACAAAGAGUAGUAGAGCCACCAGUAACUACACUGACAGCUUAUUUCCAGUUAUGUGAAACUGAUGAAUUUUCCAGGACUUUGCUAUAUUCGGAAGUGCCUCACUAUUUCACAUGGAAUGCAUCAACAAAAAAAUUUCAACGUCGCAAACAAGGCACACCUGUUGAUGGUUAUCCAGGUAUUUUUCGAACAGAUGCUUUGGGACGCAUUUAUACAGUUAGUCCAGCUAAUGUUGAAUGUUUUUACUUGCGACUUUUGUUGGUGAACGUACAUGGACCUCAAUCAUUCCAACAUUUACGAACUGUUAAUGGUCAAUUGUGCGCAACAUACCGUGAAGCAUGUCAACACUUGCAUUUGCUGGAAGAUGAUACGCAUUGGGAUGCUACGCUUCGUGAUGCAUCAAUUGUUUCUCCACCAAUUCAAAUUCGUAUGUUAUUUGCGAUCAUAAUAUCAACAUGUUUUCCAUCAAAUCCACUGGAAUUGUGGAAUAAAUACAAAGAUUUCAUGGCUGAAGACAUUUUGAUUCGACUUCGACAUCGUUCCAAUGAUCCUGCAUUGCUGCUGACAUUGGAAAUGUAUAAUGAAGCCUUGAUAAUGAUCGAAGAUUUGUGCCUUACGAUUGCAAAUAAGGCAUUAGGGCAAUUAGGAUUGACUCCACCAAAUCGUCCAAUGCAUGAUUUAUUUGAACGAGAAUUGCAACGCGAACUGCAAUUCGAUCGUAAUGAAUUGCGUGCGUUCGUACAAACGUAUACUCCACAAUUAAAUGAUCAACAAAAAUAUGUAUAUGACACAGUGAUGCAAGCUGUCAAUGACAACACUGGUGGAUUGUAUUUUUUGGAUGCACCUGGCGGCACUGGAAAAACAUUUUUGAUUUCAUUAAUACUGGCAACGAUUCGGUCGGAACAAAAAAUCGCAUUGGCACUUGCUUCUUCCGGAAUUGCAGCUACAUUACUUGAUGGCGGCCGCACAGCACAUUCCGCCUUGAAAUUGCCAUUGAACAUGCAAGCAAUUGAAACACCAACAUGCAAUAUUUCAAGGAGUUCUGGAAUGGCUAAAGUCUUGCAACAAACAUCCAUUAUUUUAUGGGACGAAUGUCCAAUGGCCCAUAAAAAAUCUUUGGAAGCCUUAAAUCGAACAUUACAAGAUUUGAGACGGAGUUUACAGCUGUUUGGCGGUGCAUUAAUAUUGUUAUCUGGUGAUUUUCGUCAAACGUUGCCUGUUAUUCCGAGAUCAACACCAGCUGAUGAAAUUAAUGCAUGUUUGAAAAGUUCAUUUUUGUGGGCACACGUACAAAUGCUUUCGUUGACGACCAAUAUGCGUGUGCGUCUUCAAAAUGAUUCUUCAGCACCACCAAAAAAUGUCAAUGUCAAUGAAAUCAAUUUCCACAUCCAGGAAAAAUUGCCAGGAAAAUACUUUGAUUUGCAUGAUGAUAACGACGUUCAAGCUGCAUUAGACCUCUUAGACGAUUCUGAUGCAGAUUUCAGUGACGAUAAUGAUAUUGAUGAUGAAACUUGGGUACCAUUCAACAUUUUCCCACAAUCUCCAGCAAGUGAUGAAGAUGAUAAUGAGAAUGCAACUGCAUCUUUGACUGCAUCAGCAAUUUCUCAGGACGAUUCAAGUGUAGCAGCUCCGCAAACAUCACGGCCAAUCAUUAUUUCUAAUAUUUUGUUAAAUGCAGCACAGCCAUCAUCUAUCAGAAAUGUUUCACUAAAUACGACUCAGUCAUGCACUUCCACAAGUAAUACAGCGAAAAGACGCCAACUAUGGAAAAGUGCUCCAUUUGAUUGCAACGAUCUACCCAUUGCAUCUGGUUGUUAA